CCAAAGGUCUCACUCUACUAAGAUAACUUUGAGAGCCCAGGGUCAUUUUCACAAAAUGAAAAAAUAUUUGUUAAUUGACUGUCUGACUCCAUUGGCUGAUGUUCAAUCUUUUCCACAAUAAGGUCUGGAGAAGUCUGAAGAUGCUGUGGCUUCUACUGGUGUUGUUGGGGGUACAAACGGAGGCAGUAACUCCUGGAAUAAAAGUGAAGAUCACCAAAAAGGGCUUGGACUAUGGGAAGCAGGUUGGAAUGGAGUUUCUGAAGUCGACUAUGCUGCACACGCCUAUCCCAGACUACCAGAGCAGCUACUCAGUGCCCAUAAUGGGGUCUAUGAAAUAUGAAGUGACAGGGAUCCAGCUACAGAAUAUAAGUUUGGGGGGAUCUUCGGUUGACUUUGUUCCGGACUCCAAGCUCAGUCUGUCCCUGGGACCUGCAGAUGUUGAAAUCCAUGCUAACUGGUCUAUGAGGGUAUCAUUCAUACGUGACAAGGCAAAAAUCAAGCUGAGCCUAAGGGGGAUGAUGCUGAACGUAGUAGUGGAGGUGAGCCGGAAUGCCAGUAAACUGUCGGUGAGCCUGGGAAACUGCAGCUUCCACACUGAGCACGUGGACGUCACCCUCUCUGGGGGGAUAAGCUGGCUCUAUAAAGGCUUCACUAGAACCGCGAGUGACUCCAUUCGACAGAAAUUGGACAGCACGAUGUGUAAAGAGAUCGGGAAGUCAGUGGGAUCUCUGGAAAGAAUACUACAGAACAUCCCAGAAUACAGCCAUAUAAGCUCCUUCAUAUACUUGGAUCAUUCGAUAGAGGCAACACCACUGAUUACAGAACAAAGCAUUGAAGUGGCCUUUAAGGGUGAUUUCUACAACCCGGCCGGCCACCAGGAAGACCCGGACUCCCCUGCUCCCUUCUCGCUCCCGGAACAGAAUGACAGAAUGCUGCUCUUGGGUGUUUCGGAGUUCGUGCCCAACUCCGCCGCCCUAGUUUAUUAUAGGGCGGGUGCGCUGUCCUGGAACCUCACAGAUGAUAGCAAGAUACCCGAGCACUUUCCCAUCCGUCUCAACACCCAGAGCUUCGCACCCUUCGCGCCUGAGCUCCAGAAGCGAUUCCCAAACACACCAAUGGCCCUGAAGAUCUUUGCUAGACUUCCCCCCAGACUACACACUCAGGUGGGCUCUCUGCAGCUGCUGUUUCCUGGGGCAGUCCAGGCCUUCGUUCGCCCCAACGGAUCCUCAGAAGUACCCGUCUUCCUGUUGCAUGCUGAUACCAACGUCACGGCCCAGAUCUUUGUUUCCGGAAAGAAUAUUUCAGUCAAUCUGACACUGACUAACUGCAACCUGACUCUGGCUCACUCAGAAGUGGGGGCCUUCUCGGUUAACAAACUGGAGACUUUGCUGAACACCUCCUUGAAGACAGUCAUACUGCCUCAGAUCAACAGAAAACUCAACGAAGGCUACCCUCUGCCCACUUUGUUCAAGAUCAGCCUUAAAGAUGUAGUCAUCAACAUCCAGGAGAUGCUCGUUCUGCCCCGCUCUUCCUGGGUGCCCUUGGUGAGGAGAGGAGGCUUUGGGGUUCAAAGCAUCCGGCAGGCCCAUGGCUCAGGAGACACUGCUUGCAGCCGGAAGAUGCCUCCAUAUACAAAAUACCAUGCAGAGCGCAAUUACCCCAUGCCCGAUGAGCCCUUCUGUAGUGAGCUGAGCCCCCAGCAGCGGGCGCUGAAGGAAAAGGAGAAAGGGUCCUGGAAGCAGCUUACAGAGGCUGAGAAAGUGGCCCUUUAUCGCAUACAGUUCCAUCAGACCUUUGCAGAGAUGAAUCGACCAUCCAACGAAUGGAAGACGGUGUUGGGGGGAGUCUUUUUUUUCUUUGGCUUCACUGGACUCCUGAUAUGGUGGCAGCGGCUAUAUGUGUUUCGAGAGAAGCCCAUCACUUUAUCAGAAGACUGGAAGUCGAAACAGUUGCAACGAGUAUUGGACAUGAAGGGAAAUCCAAUUCAAGGCUUGGCUUCCCGGUGGGACUAUGCUCAGAAGGAGUGGAAGAAGUGACUCUCCAUCUGAACUGUCUUGGCUCAUGUUUCCAAGCCAAUAUAGACCUGUCCCCACCCAACUCUAUUAUUGGGCUAGCUCCUACUGGCUGCUUCUAUUCUUUUCAUCUCCUUUCCUUUUCCUUUUCCUCCAUCUGCAUCUCCCUUCCUGUACCCUUUUUCCCUCAAUAAAUAUCAAACCUGGUACCUGG